UGACGUAAUGCGGCGGGCUGGAGGAAAACCUGAGCGUGAAAGAAAGUCGUGUUUGCGCCCUGAGAAUGGCAGGCAGUGUUGUUUCCGAAGCUAAACGGUUUAUCCACUUUCUCAGGUUGUGCCAGGAUGACGAUAAGGAUUCUUGGGCAUAUCAGGAGAAUAUUAAAAUAUCAAAACACGAUGAUGAGCCCCUUCUAAGCAUUAUUGAAGGAAACCAACCAUUUUUCAUCUGUGAGAAAAUGCCACCAGAACGUGAACCUGAGGGCGCAGAAAGCGCAGAGGAAACCAGUCUCAAUGAAGAAGUGUCAGUUAAACUGGAGCAUCUUGGCAUCGGGCCUCUGCCUCUUUCCAUCAAUACAGCAAGAAAGCUGCUUUCCUGGUACACCAUGUCUCAGAACCCCAACAUGGCUCAGCUGGAAGGCCAUGUUCUGCAUCCUCUCUGGGUACGCUGUGACAUGUCUGACCCUGCUGGCACAUCCUGGUUGGGGGCAGAGACAGUCUAUGUUGGUGGAAAGGCUACAGCAGUCAAACUGUACACAGUCCGCAGCAAAGGGGCAACAGCAGAUGAGACCUCUUUCAUGACAAUGGAUCAACUUAAACAAGAGCACCAGAACAGACACCAUUCCUCAGCACUGGUGACAAAAGGCUGGGCUGAGUACAACCUCUUCUGCUUAGUGAAGGAGGAGAGCCUGGUUAUUGAUUCUCAGAGCAGGGUAACGGCCACCUUCAGGUGGACUAAUGUAGAGAAGAUGCUGGAGAGCCCUCCCCUGUCAUCUGUGGUCACUCUGCAAAUCAAGGUGACAGUUGGAGACAUCAGGAGCCCAAUGUUUCAGAAGUUCAGAGAGCUGGAAUUUCUUCUGACGCUGGCUGAAGGAUUGAGGACUGGUGAGAUUGAGUGGUUAGAUCUGCCGGAGACACGGUCUACUGUGGACUUAACAAGGGAACUCAUUGAGGGAUUGGAGAAUGUUGCAAAUGCAGUCCCAGGCCAGAAUUUAAAAGGAUCAGAGAACCAGAAGUCCAAGACCGACUCGGUUCUCGGCUUUAGCUCUAUGCUAAUGGAGAGAGGAGACUUGGACUUCACAGAGCAGCUCUGGGAGAAGAUGAGGAAGAGUGUGACCUCCUAUCAAGACAUAACAGACUCUCUGAAAUUAGUCAUCAAAGCCGUGCGAUUUGGUCAGAUUAAACCUUGGGUGCACAGGGACAGCAGCAGUUCUUUGAGUAGACUGAUUGUGCAGUCUUAUCAGCAGCAAGUGGACACAGUGCCUCUCACUGGUCUGACCCCUGCUAUUAUGCUCCUGGAACUGGGCCUGGACAAGAUGAGGAAAGACUACAUCAACUACCUUGUUGGGAAAGAGCUAACAACUCUCAACCAUCUGAGCUACUACCUGAGCACUCAGGUUGAUCUGCAGGAGCAGGUGGUAAGACUGAAGAAAUUGCACCACCUGCUGGAGAUUCUGGGCACCUGCUGCAGCUUCCUCAGCCUGCCUCAUGAGCGCCUCUUCUUCUUCACUCAGUCGUGUUUGCAGUACUACAAAACAGCACCUUAUAAUGAAGAGCAUGUGUUUGAGAUGCAAAUCAAACCUGCUCUUAUCAGCCACUUCUACCAUACGGAGCAGCCAACUUCCUGGGCAGUGGAGGUGUCCAGUGGGCAGGGGUCACGAGAGGUCAAAACCUCUUGGCAUCUGAGUGACAAACCGCUUGUGGAUCACGUCCCUUUUGACUCAGGUUUGCCAUUGGAGGUUUCAGUGAGUGCAGAGAGUGAGAAGACUGCCUACUUCAGAACCCUGGUGUGCUGCAGUCUGGCCAACUUCAUUUAGGAGCUAGUUCCUUUCCUCUACUCGUCUCAUGAGGCAGUGGACUUCUAUGGGUACUAACCUGCAGCCAAGAGCUGGUUGCUCGAGGAACACGUCUCUGUAGCUUUCCUCUUCCAGUUCUCGACCUGCCAGUAACCAUACAGAACACUUCCAUUAUCUGUACUUCUGUGUACAUAGACAAGACAUACUAGUCAGCUCAUGCUAGUCCUAAUUCUAUAGUAAUGCUUCUUGUUCUGUCUGUGUAAGUCUGCAUUAGAGACCCGCAAAUGUGUUGCCUCCAAAUAAAGUCAGUCUUCCAAGAUUUUGCUGUUGUAUAAUUGCUUACUUCUGUCUUUGCAAGUAUAAAUUAUUUGGUGUAUUUGUAAUAAAAGGUCUUGAGAAAGUAAA